AUGGCUGGAUCUGUCAAUGACAGUAAUCUCAGACCUCUUCAAAAUGCUAUGCGACUUGUAAAGGCUGCCAUACAGCUGGAUGUGGGUAACAGAUGUAAGGAAGCAUACUGUGAAUAUUUGAGAAGUAUCAACUACAUCUCAAAUGCUCUACUCCAGGAUGCAGCUUUUAAAGCUGAAGGAGAGCUGGAGGAAGUGGAAGUGGAGAAGAUGGUGAAACUAGCUGAGCAGUGUUUAGAAAGAGUAAAGUCGUUCAUAGGAAAAAUAAAUGAAAUCUCUAAUACCUCUGCAACCACAUGCCAAGCAUCUUCUGUUCCACAGACUAGCACUCAUUUUUCUAAUACCCAGACCAGUAUAAAAGCAUCAGUGACCCCUCAUAAAGCAACAAUGAACUCAGAGAGUCCAAGUAAAACAGGCCUGACUGUGCAGAACUCUAGACACGGCAGAGUGCUCUCUGAAGGUGGGGGUGAAAAAUGUCCCUUCCUUUCACCCGAAAUGUUUCAGAAGCUCCAAGAAAUGGAGUCACAAGACUGCAAAAAAGAAUUAACUCCGAUUGAGGAGGCUUCCUGUCUUAACCAGAAAUUAAAGGCAAGUUAUGAGGCACGUCUAGCGAGACUCGCCCCUGGCCAGGCCACCCAAAAAACAUCACUGACGCUCUCUCUUCAGAGACAAAUGAUGGAGAACCUAAUUAUAGCCAGAGCCAGACAAGAUGCUCUCCAAAGAAAGAUGGAAGAGCGAAGACUCAGACUGCAGGAACAAGCCAACAUGAAGUUUUCAUCUUCUGUAACUAUGACACCUGAGGAACAGGAGCAGCGGGUUCUGUACGCAAAUAUAUUGGAAUAUGAACAAGAUCAUGAUUGGCCUAGAGUUUGGAAAGCUAACCUGAAAAAGAACCCAAAUGAUGCAACUUUGGUGUUUGGCCUGGUCAGCUAUCUUUUUAGUCGACCAGACCAUCCUGUCGUGAAGCUGUUAAAGAAGCUCCAGUAUCACGUGUAUAAUAGGCUGUACCCCAUAGUAAGUCAAAGUGUGCCUUCAAGUCCAAUGCCUGUUCACUCCAUGACCUUAAAGGCUUCACACAGCGCCCAGAGCCUGCUGCUUCCCCACAGCCCGCACAGUCAGCGCAAACCUGGUCUAGUCCACAGCCUGUCUGAUGCCUCCAUCUCCCUCUCAUCCUUACCUGACCUUAAUGCCAACGACACAGCAUGCAAGAUUGAUACAGAGGAAUUCCCAAUUCCAGUCCCUCCAGACCGGGAGAACUCUUUUGAAGAUUUGGAGCAGUUUCUGACCCAGCACGACUGGACUUCAGCUUCAGGUGCUGAUGAGAUGAUUUCUGAUACGACCUUUGACUCAACGCAUGGAGACUUUGACUGUCACAUUGAGGAUCUUGAGGAGCGGGCUCUGAAGGAACACCUAAAAGUUAUUGUUAAAGACAUUCAUAAUGCUAUUGAUCGGCUGUUGUCUCUGUGCCUGCUUUCUUUUGAAUGUCUCAACACUGCAAGCUCUAAAGACCAGUGUGUAGCAUGCAUAGAGGAGGUCUUCUUCACCCCAAUCUGGAGUCCUCUUUUGGCACUCUUUAGGAGGGUGCAUCGGGAUAGAGAGCUGGCUAUCGAGAGCAGUGUCAAACUGUACCAUAAUGCAUCACCUGGUGAUAUUGGUGUGGCAACCAAACUAUACCCUAAAGAACCAGCUGCCCUGCAUGGUUCCUAUCCAUAUGAGUGUGCAGUGCAGGAACUAAAAAUGCUGUGUACAGACUGCUGUCCACAAAAGAAGCUGGAAUGCAUAGUACGAACCUUGAGGCUUAUUUGUGCCUGUGCUGAGCACUACCGUCUCCUUCAGGAUAAUGAUCCAACGCCCAAGACAGCAGCCAUUGGGGCUGAUGAUCUACUGCCGAUCUUGUCGUUUGUGGCCCUCCGCAGUGAACUGCCUCAGCUGGUCUCUGAAUGUGCUGCACUGGAAGAGUUUAUCCAUGAGGGGUAUCUGAUUGGAGAGGAGGGCUACUGCUUAACCUCAAUGCAGAGUGCACUGACAUAUGUGGAAUCAUUGCACUUGGGUGGAUCCUUGCAGUAGGCUGCCAAACCCACCUGAGUCAGUGGUAAGAAGAUGAAUGUUCUACAAACUGCAUACUGCUCAGUUCUUCAGUCCAGGAAAUGAGCUCAUCCUUGCUCCUCAUCAGGGUUUUGUAAGAUGAAACCUUCACUUUCCAUUAAAUACAAAUUCUAAUGGAGGUUACAUUGGGUGACUUGGGAGCUCAGUCGGCUCAGAGACGUGAGAGCCUGAGAAGCUCCGAAUCCAGCUGUGUUAAAAAAUCAUGUCCCAGACCUGAGUGGAUUUAAGUUUAUGCCAGGAAGAGAAUUGGGUUGGGAAGUUCUGUGUAUAAUGUUGAAGUGCCAAGAAAUCUGAUUUUAUUCUUGUUAUUCUAUUAAUUUUCCUCAUAAAGUCCUCAUUUAAAAUGUUUUACUAGAAGUAUGUGGAAGUCUUUAACAUUUAAAGCAGCUGUCAUCCCAAAAGUAAACGGGCUACUGUUGAUGAAUUUUCAGGGUGUGUAUUAACACCGUUGCUUUGUUUAUAAUAAACUGUGUGCACCAAGGUGAAGACACUGCAAUCUGACUGAACUGUACUGAAUAAUGUGCCAUUAAAAAUAAAUGAAGGUGACUGCAUGCAUGAAAAAGCAGGCAGGUACACUGCUCACCACUGUAAUGUAAUGUAGUUGGAAGUAUUCUUGAGAAAUAACUUGAAGCAGAUAAGACUGUAUGAAGUAUACCAUGUUAAUUUAUAUACUAUUUGCAGACUUUAGUUUGGAAAAUAUUUGUGCGAAUAAUGAUCUGCCAAGUCACUAAUGCAGGUUGGAACAGAACGCAGUGAUAUUCUUGUGCUCUGCCAGAGCCUUAUACUAAAAAUAGAAAGUCACACGCAAACUGCAAUGAUAUGGGAGUGUCAGACAUCAGACUGAGAUAUCAAGUGUAGAUCUAGAAAGGUGGUUUUUAUGCAGCCUUUUCAUCAUGAUGGGUGAUCCUUUAUCAGCACUGAGAUGCAAGGCCCCUGUCCUCAUGAUCAGCCAAGGAACCAGUGAAUAGUCGUUAAACUGAACAUUUUAUUAUAGGCUUACAGGGUGUAAUUAUAAUAGUCCAUCAAACACAUUUCUCAACUUUACAUCUUAGGUUUUAUUAUUUAUGCUGCAAUAGGGUUUUUAUAUGCUAAUCUAAUUAGUCCUGUUUAAAUGACUGUCUGCUCAAAACUUAACUCCAACUAUGCGUACAUAUUCUUUUAUGGAUUUUUUUGAAUCUAUUGGAGAAAAAAAAAGAAAUUUGUAUUUAUUAUAAAAUAAAGAGUUGUCUGGAAAAAAAUCAACAGGUUAGUUAUGUCCAGUUAUUAUUUUAUACAUUUUAUGUGAUGCCUUUUUGUUAACAUUUAUUUUACUCGAGUCACAAAAUGAUUAGUAAGGGAAUUUUUUUUUUAAGUCUUAAAAACAGCUUGGGGGCAAUCCUGUAAUUGCUGUAGCAUCUAGCUACUAAUUCACUAUAAGAUAAAACUGGACUGUCUAAAACUGUGUUUAAAUUAUAAAAAUGUUUAUUCAGUUUAUCAUCUCUGUGACAAUGUAUUUUACAGUUGCUGCAAUGAUGAGUUAUGUUUGUGCUGUAUUGGUGCAAAUCACUGUUAAUGUGAGUUGACAAAGUAUAUUGGGUUUUCUAAUAA